AUGGGCGAUGCAGCAUUUUACAACGACGACGUGUUCCAAACAAUGACAAUUACACCAAGAGCGUUUCCUCAAAUGGACCUGUUGGAUGUUCGAGGUAACCGAGUAGACGUGAAGCAACUUGCCACAGACUAUCAUUUGAUUUUGAUAACACUAAAAAACGCAACAUGUCCUGCUUGUCCUCAGUUGCUCAAGGUAUUAAAUAUGUACGGCUUGGACCCUGAUUGUCAUGAGUUUAUCGAUCCAUUCACACACCAAGAAUUCACCAUUGAUCCCGUCAGAAAAAGAUUUUUUAGACUACUUCUGAAGUAUGAUGCAUAUUUUCUUGUUCUUUGUCCGGGUACAAAUGCACAAGUGGGCCAAAUACAAGCGAAAACACCUUUUUUGGAUUAUCCGUUCAUAUCAACAGAGGGCGGUGCCGUAGAACUAGUUCGAGCACUAAAAGUCCAUCUGUCUGAUGCAGAAUUCAUGCCAGCCAUGUUGCGAGUGGCCAAUAAUUUGGCGGUAGAUUCCGUCUAUAUCGGUCGCGGUCCCGGUCAAUACUUUCAUCAAUAUUUGUUGAAGCGAUUAAUAGAAACUCGGUGUAAACUAGAGAUGAGCGGCAUCAUCUGUCUUCGAGAUGCUCACGAAAUCAUGAAUCAACUCAAAAGAAGAUCCAUCAAAUGUCAGCAAGGAAAAUUGGCUUCCAACUGGAUCAAUAUGAAGAGGCCGCUCACUGCUCAAUGUUUAUCCAGACCUCCAACAAAGAGAUCUCCUCCACCGCUGUUAAAUAAGUCUGAUAAAGCCAUUGUCAUCUCUGACUUGAACGACAUACCAGUAAAAGACAUUACGCAUCUACAAGACAGCGCAACGAGCCGGUUGGUUGACGAUGUUCCCUCAGAGAUCCUAGAGCUUGUUCUUGAUUGUUUGGCUGACGACACUCCUUCUCUGGUCAGAGCAUCCAGAACAUGCAGGAAGUUUUAUGUUGCUAUUUGCAAUGUGCUCAUUGCAUCCAUUCGACGUCAAAUGGCAUACCUGGAGCCAGCAUUACCUCACCAAGAGAGCCAGGUUGUCUGGGAUGAAGCAGAUGUUGCUGACGAAAGUCUAGAUCGUUGGUCGGGAGGCUACCAAGAAGGUUUCCCCUAUCGUGAGCUAUUCAAGCGAGUAUCUGAUGCCAGAAAUGUAUUGAUUCGCACCAGUGAGUGGACUAGACACUGGAGUCCCCGCAGUAGUAACCACAGCAGUAGUGCUAAUAGUAGUAAUGGCACUCAUAGUAGCAGUCGAUUUCGAGCAAGGAUAGUAUAA